AUGUCUCGACCGCUCGGCAAUCGGAAGAAGAAAGUGACAUUUGGGGAGCAACUAACUUACCGUCAGGCCACGGCAGAAAGCGCUCAUCGCCAUGGCAAUGCGAUCCGGUCCCACUUCGUUUUCCUUCUCAAAGAGCUAAAGUUAUCUUCUCCCUUUUACCGGGCUUUGAAGGAGAAGGAUGUCGUAACCACCGAGCAAGUGGGACAGAUUGAGUUAGAAAACUUGCCAGAACUGAAGGUGGCCAAACUACUUGAGAUUGUUCAAAAUGCUGAUAGCCACGUAUUCAAGUCAUUUUGCCGAGUUCUUGGUGAGAUGGGAUACUGGUACCUAGCGCAGAGUCUUCAAACUGCCUCUGAAGAGAAAAAAUGGACAUCUUCUACAGGUGCCUCCAAGUCAACACAGCUGACAGUGAGAGACUGGAACUUAGUGAAGCUCCAUCAUCCAAUCCUUGAGCCAGAACAUAUGUCUAUAUACGAUAAGCAGCGCUUGAAAGAAAACUUUCUGCUUUCCAAAGAAGCUAAUAAAAAUCUAAAGGAAGACAACCUGGAGUUGGGUCAAAAAGUGAUACUUAUGAGGGAAGAAUAUUUACAAAGGUUGCAAGUACUUGAAGAAGAAUUGGCUUCCGUGACUCAUGAAAGAGAUACAAGUGUGAAGGAACGUAAUAUCACAAUCCUGGAAAUUAAAGAACUACAAAAUCUCAACCAUGAACUUCAGGAGCUAAUAAUAAAGCUUGAAAAUUCUAAGAUUAAUGCUACACACAAGUAUCCUAAAUACAGUGUUGAGAUGGUCCCUGUACCACCAUUGACUGAUGGGCAAAUAAGUCUGCUGCUUACCUUCAAUCAAUAUGGACAAAUAAGUGAUUAAUAUAAUGCAACUGCAUUGAAUACUUUACCAUUGCACUGUUGCCUGUGACACUAAAUGAAGUAUCAGUCAGCAUGUUUAGAAGGAAAUCUAACUGAAGAAUAAA